GGUGUUACGCAACAAUGCUAAUGUUCGCCAAUGCUCAUAUUUCGAGCUUGGUAUACCUGUGCCAUUUUCAGCUUUUUUUGUGGUAUGAAUUAAAGCGUAUGUCGUUUUCAAAGUUUGUAAGGAACUCCAUUGGCGUGAAUAAGCUGAAUAAAGUGGUGGUAUGAACUAUAGAGAUCCAGAAUGUGGCCACUAUGGACAAGUGAAGCGUACGACUUUGCGCGCAGAGGUAACGACGUUUUAACUGUAGAUAGUAGGAAACGAUCGAUCAUGUACUUGAACGGUUCUGAUUAUUUUUACAAUAACUGGUUGAUUGGAGUAACGCGCCAAGUAUUUGAGCAUGGGAUUAAAAGAUUUGGAUAAUGCAUUCCAAGCAUGAAAUUAAGAGAGAGAUGUUGUUGUUGCCAUUUGAAGGACCUUGAAGGUGUUUGUUGUUCCUGUAUUUUUGAAGAUUUAAAGUUUUGGUAUUUUCCACCGAACUGCUAAAUUUCAUAGCUUUGGCGAAUAGUACGAAUAUUAACUUAAAGUUUUGCGCCCUAGCCUGAAAUAUUAUUUUGUAGCCUGAUGAUCACUGCCGUUAUUCAGUUGGUAACGCAACGUGUUCUUGCGUGACGCCUCUUUCAGGAAAAAUUGAUGAAGAUAAGUCCCUGACAGACAGUGGGGGUAGGACAUUUCCAUCAGACUCACCACAGGAUAAAUUUACUAGGGUAAAUAUUUUCUCAAAACAGGAUAACUGGUAAUGUCAACACAGCUUUAUGUCCUUUAUUGGCUUUUCAUUUUUGUUUUUAGAAAAUAAUAAUAAAACAUUUUUUAAAAAAAGCUAUGGGUAGGUCUACAAAAGUUUAUUUACAUCUGGACUAGUAACCAGCAGGUUAUAGGUUCGACUUCUUAACUGGGAGAACUCGGAUUUUUUUUUCUGAGCCGCCUACGUCACUAACUGAAAAAUCAUCUUUCUUGUGUACUCACCAGGCUAAAAAUUUACCAUCAUAUCUCUAUCAUUUUGCAUAAGCACAAAUCAACAUUCUUAUCCCAGCAGUAUGCCAGAUGGUCACACAAGUCUCUUGUAGCUUAGCAAAUGCCAGGUUCAAAUUGACAACUGUUUUGUUCAGCCAUAAUUUUACUGUCGAGGCUAAACCUGCAUUGAAACAGUUAUUUAUAUAAAGUUAUAAACAUUCAGUCUACAUUUGUAUUUUUUAUAGGAGCCAUGCCCGGAAGAUAAGGCAAAUUGCUUAUCAAGAAUCACUUUUUGGUGGCUAAACUGGUAACAUUAACUGCAUUGCUUUAUAUCAAUGCAGUUCAAUGAUAUUUAAUUCCAAGGGCGGAUCCAGGAUUUUUUUUAGGAGGGGGUGCACUCGUCUCUUGCUUUACUUCAACACCAGUAAACCACAUAGUUUUUAUUUUUUUGCAGAAUACCAGUUGUAUUAGAAAACCGCAGGUCAUCUCAGUGGGGGUGCGCACCCCCUGCACCCUCCCCCUAGAUCUGCCCCUGAAUUCUUUUGUAGGUUUUGUAGUUCUUCUUUUUGACUCCUUAGAUCUUCAAAUCACCCCCCCCCCCCCACAGAAAGUACAUGUACCCUGCAGUGCACCCGUUCAGGUCAAAAUUUUUCAGUAAAAUUGUUACGCAUAAACUCUAUCUUCCGGGAAAGAAUUUUUUUAUGGCUGUUAUCAUAGUAAAAUUCAAAUUAAUCCAAGGGUAUAUUAUGAACUACUUUAAUGACCAGCUACCAGUUGGCUUGCUAACUCAGUUGAUUAGAGGGCUGUAUCAGUAUCACACAGGUCAGGGUCUGAAUCUUAGUAAGGCUAGAAUUUUUCAGGCUUUCUUUUUGCAAUUGCUUAAGGUGCAUCUUUCAAUGUGACAACCUUCUUUUCAUUUAUUUGGUAUGCGAGAUAUUAGUCAAAAACCACUUCUGAAUUAAUGAGUAAACUGACCUGCCUUCCAUACCGGGAGAUUGUGUGGUUUCCAGGGGGACUUUUGGAAGAGUAGGCUUUUUAGAUCAGUUACUGGAUAAAUAGAAAUAUUUCUUAUAAAUAUUUCACAUACUUCACUUUAUUAGGAUAAUAUAUACUGGUUACAAAAGACCUCUAGAAGAUGAAGACCUGUGGGCUCUAAACAGGAAGAGUAGAGCUGCAGCCAUAGUUCCCAAACUUAAGUCCCUUUGGAACCAGGAAGAGAAAAAAUGCAUGAGGUACUGAAUAUAAUAUAUAUCAUUAUCAAAUGAAAGUGUGGAUACUUCAUAUUUUCUUAGUUUUGUUGUUCAUUUAACUAACAGUGAUUUAGUGCAAUGAAGCCCCAUCUAAAACUAGUAGUAAUCUCAGAUUAGGAAGUGCAUUCGAGCUUUUGUUAGGUUUACUGUCAAAUGUGAUGUUAUUUCUUAAUAAAUUGACGCUGCAAAACGCUUCCUAUAUGUUUUUUUUUAAAAAAACAAAACAAAACAAAAUAAACCGACUACGAAAAAAGAGAAAAAAGUGUCACCCUGCAGGAGUUGAACCAGAGACCUUUGAGGUGUAUCCAUUGCGCCACGCAACCAUUGCUGAGAGCAUAUGUGAAAUUAAUUGCAUUUAACAUUUUUGUGCCCGGCGAGAUAAAUCAUUCAAGAUGGCACAGAAAAUGCAGACGUAUGACGAAAUGAGAAACACAAAAGGUCUUCCUUGACUAUCACAGGAAUCCCAAGAUUACUUGUUGCGUUCUCCUAACGUCGAACGCAAUAAAGAAGCACAAAAAUUUGCAAGUGUAGGUUUCAGAUGGCUUGGUUUAGUCCGUCCCAGAUAGCUACUCGAACGUCAUGGUUUCUUCUUUCUCCAAAAACUCAUGCUUUUCACUGUGGAAAGAAAUAAUUUGCGUGUACACUUCACUAACUUGGCAAGAGCGGGACAAAAAACGCCGGAAGUGGAAAACACUCGAAAUAAUAUUCCCCAAGUGUGAAAAGAAAACGACUGAAAUGUGUGAUGAAACAAUGUUAUAUUAGGAAACAUUCUUUAGAAAAUUAAAGGCCAUUGUUGUAUCUUAUAGCAGCAGUUCGUGGGUGAAGGAAACUUGGAUUUCUUGACCCAGCCGGCCUCCUUCCCCUGCCUUCUCUCGCUAUUCUUAUUUCGCAGGUAAUUUUUAGCGACAUAGUCCCCCUCCAAGGUUCUUGAAGUCCAUGGGUUUUAAUUUUGUUAUUGAAGAGAUUUAGAGUCACGUUUACGGCAAACGGUAAACGCCAGAUUAAAGUUGAAAAAUUCUUAAAAUAGAAACUGAGCAGAUAAGUACAGUACGAAACAAUUUUUUGGAUAAAACUGGCGUGAAACUACUAAUAUUUGUGAUGAUAUAAUGAACAGUAAACGAGAAGUAAAGGGAAAACUUGGUCACGUGGUACGUAUUCACGUUUGCCGUAAACUUGAGUCUAAGUCUCUCUAUUGUCUUUGUAAGAAAUUGUUUAAAAUGAUCAUGGAAUUCCUCUUUUUUCAGAGAAAAGGAAUUUCGAGUCACUGAAGAACCCUUAGCAUGUAACGAAACUGACUGGUUGCUUGGUGAUGAAAAAAGAAAACAAAGAAUUGAAAAGGACAGGAGAAAACCUUCUCUCCUGAAAGUGUUAGCCAAGAUGUUUUCUUCAAACAUUUUCAGAGCAAUAAUAUUUAAACUUUUCCAGGACUUCUUACUAUUUGUACAGCCACAGUUGUUAAGGUACGUUACAGUGACAUGAAAAUUUAGAGUAUGCCGCCAUUUUUGGGAUGGUAUAACACCCUUAUCAUAGCUGUAUAUUGCAAAUAUGUUAUGACCUCAAUAUAUUAAUUGUCUUAUCCGCGGCUGGAUGGAAAACAAACACGUUUUUCGAAUUUUUGUUUCACGAACUUAAAAACUUAUGUCUGUGAAUGAAACCCCUUUAACUAAACAAACUCUUGGGAGGACGACUUCUAAUUUUGCUGCGAUUUGGAAUCUUAAAAAGUUUCUAAGAGAAAAGAGUUAAAAAGUUUAUGUUGCAUAUUUUUUGUAGAAUGUUAAUUGAAUACGUGGAAGACGAUCACGAUACGGCAGGGAGGUGGAAAGGCUAUGUUUACGCCGGCUCCAUGCUUGUGGCAGCUAUAAUUCAGUCCAUAUUUUUGCACCAAUAUUUUCAUACGAUGUUCACACUUGGUAUGCGCUUGCGUUCUGCUGUCAUCGGACUGGUGUACGAAAAGGUUAGUCGUGAAAAGAAGUUUUGAUUUUCUUUCCAGGCAGCGCUUGAUUCACAGGAUUCAUCUCGCUAUUAGAAAGACUUCCUCACUGUUAGUCUCUACACCUUCUACUUUCAAGUUUGUUGGGGACAUAACAGUUGUUCGAAAGGGUUCGAAAGGGUUGCAAGACUAUAGAAUCCCCCAGUAUUUAUUGGUUUGGUGUGUUUCUCACUUAUUACGUUUGAGCCUGCCAGAUGCCUUGUAUGGCAGCCCGGGGUUUCGUUCGUGUCAUUCACCAUUGAACAAGUCCUCGUUUGAUAAACCUUUAAAUCAUCAUAAGUGUUUACAGUUCUCUGCUAUAAAUUUGUCUUCCUAGAGUGAGAGACUAAGCACUGAAAUUAACUGAAAUUAGCUAUUCACUUGUUGUUUUCCAGGCUCUUGUACUGACCAAUGCAUCUCGUGUGAAAUCGACCGCUGGGGAGAUUGUUAACCUGAUGUCAGUGGAUGCGCAAAGACUAAUGGACUCCGUGACGUAUAUAAACAUGUUGUGGUCGGGACCUUUCCAAAUUGCAGUUUCUUUGUACUUCCUACAUCGCACCAUGGGUUGGUCAAUCUAUGCUGGCUUGGGUGUCAUGGUUAUUUUCACACCGAUUAAUUUCUUGAUCGCAAGGAAAGCCAAUAAAUUCCAGGUACUUUUUGGAACAAUGCGGUUAACAUUAUAUUUCCAUUAUUUCGCGCAUAAAGUGUCCCGGUUACAAGCAAUAAGAAAUUACAGGUGAUUUUGUAGCGCAUUAUUUGUGCCGACGACGUUAAUUUGGGACGGUAAACCUCCAGCUAUAAGUAACCUACGUAUACGAGAAGCUUGGAACAGUAGUAUCUUAAACCUCGUUUACAUUAAUGCUUUUUCGUUUGAAAAUGUAAAGUUUCCGUGAAACGGAUGGCUGACGUUUUACCGUGAACAAGUUUUGAAACUAAACUAAAGCGAAUGUCAAAAUUACUCUUGUACUAAAACCAGAUCAAAUCGCUUACACUAUGGAAGCUCUCAGAGGAGAUUCUAUCUACAGGAACGAAAAUGCAUUGGCAUUUACGUUGUUGCGCUGAUGGGUCGGGAACUCAGAAACCGGGUUGGUCGUUGCAAAAUCGACACUGGUUCCUAAAACAAUACCUGGGUGUUUUCUAUUUUCCUACUUGCUUUUAUAGUAAUGGUAUAACCAAUAAUGAUUUUCUUUUUACCAUUCCUCUAAUUAGGCGCAACAGAUGUCAGCAAAAGAUGAUCGAAUCAAAAUCAUAAAUGAAGUCCUUAAUGGAAUAAAGGUAUCAGAGUAUGCCUGGUGUUUUCUGCAGUGUGUAUGGUAUUGUACUCUGAAAUAACCAAUGCAGUUACAAUUUUUUUACCCAGAUUUUGAAGCUUUACGCCUGGGAAGAGUCCUUCUUGAGUGACAUAAACAGUAAACGCGCUAAAGAACUCAGAUAUCUUCUCCUGUCUGGACUCUUGAGAGCCGUACUGACUUUGAUAUUUAAUACGUUGCCUGUUAUGGUAGGUAUCAGAGAAUUGCAGCGCUUAACUUGUCAAGUCAAUGCACCAGGGGGAAGAGUAAAAUUAGCUGCAAUAGUUCUGGUAACAGGUCAAACUCUCACUCGUCCCCAGUCCUCUUUAUUUGGAUCGCACGCGGAGGAAGGAACGCGAGAAGCGUAACUGAAGAAUCGAAGCGCGAUGGGUGAUGGGAUUAGGGUUAACCCUUAAUUAACCGAAACUCUAACCCCUCUUUUCACCUUCACACCAUCCAUUGCGCUCCCAUUGACUGCGCUUUUAUCGCUAAAGAGAGAUGACUGAGGACGAGUGAGGAUCAAUUCCCUUGAUCUACUGCGGUUGACAAGUUCAAUAUAAUGUGGUCUGUAUAGUGUGUAUAGUUUCGGUACUCGUUUCGGUAUCAGGUUGAUAUCAUCAGAGGAAUUCAACAUUUGAGAGAUAUUGCAACUCGAACUUGAACUCGGGCAGAUUCCCUUGGGACGAGGCUCGUUGUGAGCAUCGACACUCGGAAAGGGGCCGUUUUUGAAAGAGUGGGGCUUAUUUUUGGACAAAAUAACCAUAUCAAAGCUUUGAAUUUUUUGGUGUAUAUAAAACGUUUUGAGGUUGGGAAUUCUUUGUUGUAAGUUUUCAUCUUUCAACGAUUUUUUGAUUUUUCUCUCUCCUUUUGCUAUAAUGGUUUUUAUCAGUUGGCCGUUGUCAUUAAGCAACAACGACGGCCACGGCUACAAAAACGUCAUUUAAAAAAUAUAUUUACGCUGCUUUAAACCUCAUCGCGCUUGUUCCAUCUCGUUCAAUUCGGCAAAUAAUGGCGAAUUUUUCUGGAGCUGAAUUCUAAAGGAGCGCGGUAUCGAAGUUCAGAAAAAGAAAAAGAAAACUGUUAUGUUGUGUUCGCGUCCUCCACAAACGAGAAAAUAGGAAGUUUCACGUUGUAGUCUUGCAACGACGGCAAAGAAAUGUACAAAAACACGUGAUACACGUGCAAAGUUCUUUUUUUUGCCUUCUGCCGUUGUCGUUGCCGUCGCCGCUGUCAUUGCUUAAGCUCCUUAACAUUUGUUUUAGGUGGCUGUGACAACAUUUGCAGUUUAUGUUCUAUGUGGUAAUGAUUUAACAGCCUCCAAGGCUUUCGUGGCUUUGUCGCUGUUUGGAAUCAUGUCAUUUCCUCUUAGAAACUUUCCAACUGUUAUUGCAACCUGUGUGCAGGUAAGGCUUUAAAUUUGAAUUAGUGACCAUUGUAAUGAAAAAUUUGGUGCAGAGGUUUACAUUUCGGUUGGUUUAUUACAUUAAGGCCAUAAACGCAAACAUUGUACCUUCAAGUAACUAUUAGAUAGGAAAAACAUCUAAAAAAAGUCUUAUCGACGAACGAACCACGAACGGUGGCCUGGAAAUGGGCCUAAUCAUGUCAUCUCAGUACAAACUAUUAGCAAACAGCCAUGACGAAUUAUAUUAUCUUUAUUUUUCAGAGGUAGAAUAUUAUAAAUAUAUACGUAUACCGGCGUAUUUUCAACUUAACUAUCAUUUACCCGUUUUCUUUAUUAAGGCUCGAGUAUCAAUCAAGCGCUUGGAGGAGUUCCUGGGUUUAAAGGAGCUGGAUCCAAACUGUGUCCAGAGGAUACCUUGUAAGAGACGACAUCGUAGCGUACACUUGAGAUUACUUUACUGAUUUGAUCCGUCUUUGAUCUGUGACUUUAUUUUUAACUUUUUGUAGACUGGGAGCAGUCUCUCUUGUACAAAUUUUUUUAUUGCUCAUUCAAACAAAUGACGUUCUUCAUUAAGACUUCAUAAAAUUAAUGAGGUUUUAUACUCUCACACUUCAUAGGCAACGUGCUUAACGCGAGCACGGUUUGUGUCAGAGAUGGCGUAUUUGGCUGGAAUAAGAACGACACUCCAAUACUGCGCAGGUUAGAACAGAAUAGUAUAAAAGCUACCCUUUUCUUUUCUUUUUUUUUGUUCCUGUUUUUUCGAAUGUUCUUGUAGUUUGUUUACUGUUUAUUUCGUGUCCAGGUUGAGGCUCUUUUUCUGUUUACAUGCAACACGUUUGUUUGUUUUGUAUUUCAGCGUUUCCUUUUUUUGCUGAAAAUUUGAUUUUUUUCAAUCACAGCAUAAAUUUAAAUAUUCCAAGUGGUUCACUGGUAGCAGUGGUUGGUCAAGUUGGUUGUGGUAAAUCUACCCUGCUAUCUUCACUUCUCGGAGAAACCGAGAAACUACGUGGUAGCGUACAUGUGGGGGUGAGUGAGUGCUAGGAAUCCGCUUGUUUAUUCAAGUCUGUAAUAUGCAUAUUUCUUUUGUCAACAUGAAAAGAACCAAAAUCAGUUGACUAUUUUGGUAUCCCCUAUAACACACUCUGUUGGCCUGCUCCUUCAAAUUUCGCUUGAGUUAUUGUGUUGAAAUGCUCUUGGGAAUCUACUGUCAUCUCAGGGGCAUUUGAAAAUGUGGGGGGGGGGGGGGGCAAAGAAGGCGUGACAUGGGGGAUUCGAAAAUCGAGAAUGAAGUGGUGCGCAGCAUACUUCUGCGUGGGUAAGAACAAGUUUAUUAGUGAAGUUUUCUGUUUUCUUGUAAUUUUCCAGGGUACGGUGGCUUAUGUGUCGCAGCAGGCCUGGAUCCAGAACGCCACCGUACGAGACAAUAUCCUGUUCAACAGUGCGUACGACUGUGGACGCUAUGAGCACGUGAUUGACUCGUGUUCACUCAGGCCAGAUCUAGAAAUUCUACCCGCGGGUGAUUUAACAGAGAUUGGUGAAAGGGUAAGAAGGGAACUUACUAAAUAGGCCGGCUGCUUUGGCGAGCAAGCAAGAUGAAGCCACAAAUCUUGUGUUCUGAUUGGCUACCCGAGCGGGCAAGAUGAGCCUUUUUCUCCCGCUCUUCCUGCGUUGUUCCCGUAAGGAAAAAGUUCUCUUGAUCAUAUAAUUAUUCACCAUGCUUGUUGGUCCAAGAUGAGAAGAUAUUGGCCCUCUUCUCUCUUUGAUCCAUAAGAACGAAUGAAUAUUCAGCUACCUUGACUCGUUCUUUGCUGUCAGCAGGCGUCUUAACAAUUCCCGCUGGAUACACUAUCGAGAUGACGUAAUACUUGCUUACUUAAUUGAAUACGCAGCAACAGCUUAUUUAUUUUAGUUUUGAGUCUCAUUACAUGACACUGGUUUUUGUUACAUCAACAGGGCAUCAACCUGAGUGGAGGUCAAAAACAGCGUGUCAGCCUGGCAAGAGCGGUUUAUUUUGACGCUGAUAUUUAUUUGCUAGAUGAUCCGCUCAGUGCUGUUGAUGCUCACGUUGGGCGAAAGCUGUUUCGUCACGUGAUCGGAGCCAAUGGAAUUCUCAAAGAGAAGGUCAGUUUGAAAUGAUGACUGGAAACUUCUUAGGGUUGGUGAAGUCGGUUCACAUACCAUUUGUAAUUUGGGAAAUGCUAAAGAAACCGUGCGUAAAAGGCUCUUUUCAACAAUUUAACUCUCCAGUCGUCUUGUUUAUUUGUAGACGCGCAUCCUAGUUACCCAUGGUAUCAGCUUUUUGCCUGAAGUGGAUCAUAUCAUCGUUCUUCAUGACGGAAUUGUUUCCGAGGUAACGGAAUCAGUAAAAGACGUAUUUGCCAUCGUCGCUUUUCUUUCUGUUUUUGAGUUAAAAUAACUGUUUACGCAUUCCUUUCAGGAAGGCACCUACGCUGAGCUAUUGAAAAACUCGGGCGCCUUUGCGGAUUUUCUGCAAACAUACAGCUCGGAAGAAAACAGUGGUUUGUGCUGCUUAUCUGUGCAUAUGUUUUAUAUAACCUUUAAAUGAUUACGCGUAUUAACUCUCCAUAAAAAGCUUCAGUAAGAGACUCAUGCUCUUUGUGACGUCACCCAAUUUUCAUCUUCCGAUAGGUCAAGCAAAUAAUGCUAAUAAUGGAUAAUCCAGAAUCAAAUUUAUGUAUGCGUUCUAUCAAAUGUUUCGCUAGGUACACUGAACUAUUUUUCUUGGGGUCCAGGAAGUUAAAUCGGUUAUAGAUACAUAUACCUAACACAAGUUAAGUCUCCAGUCUUGUGAUUUCAUUCUUUUUCUUAACAGAAACAAAUGCUACCGAGGACAUUGACGAUGAACUGAAAUAUUUCGAGAAAGACACCGGCCCACCUCCCGGAAUAGAAAAGAGAGACAAUACCAACGACGAUGUUGGCAAAACAAUUACAGUGGAAAGAAUGGAGAGAGGACGUGUAAGUUACCCUUUGCAUCCGCUUUGUAAUAAAUACAGUAUGUGGGCAUAUUAUUAUGUAAAGUUCAGUAUUGUAGCUUUUUUAAUUCUUAGAUAUUACAAUUUUCUGUCUCUCUAAUAUCUCUAAAGUAGUUGUAGGGAGAGUUCGGAGCCGAGAAUUUAAUACAAGGCGAACGUCUUAUACAACAAGAGCUUUACUGAUAGAAGUCGUACAAGCUCUGGGUAGGUAGGACUGGGGGUGUAUAGGCGGGCUGAUAGUGGAUUCAAUAAGCGUCUUUUAUUACAUCUCAGCCUGUUUUAAAUUCAGUCUUAAAAAGUGCAUGUGCUGAGCUGCGCACUCAUAACAAAAUCUAAUCUGGACUCUUUGUCUUCUGAUCAACAGAUAAAGCUUUCCUUAUUGCUGUCCUACAUCAAGUCUACAGGAAUACACUGGUUUUUAUUUUCUCUGUUGUUCUUUACUGUCAUGGAAGCGUGUACAGUUGGCACUGGGAUAUGGCUGGCAUAUUGGAGUUCAGCAAAAAACGCAACGCGUGCGCAGAGAGACUUUUACCUCACAGUAUACGGUGGCAUAGGCGCAGGACAAGCGUUGUUUAGUCUAUUAUAUUCGCUGAUGUUGUUACUUGGCGCGAUCAGAGCUUCUAGAACACUUCAUCGGAAGCUUAUUGUGAAUAUCUUGCGAUUGCCUAUGACAUUCUUUGACGUUACACCGUUUGGAAGAAUAAUGAAUCGGAUAUCAAAAGACAUAUAUGGGAUUGAUGUCACAAUCCCUAACUCACUUCGUUCUUUUUUUGCGAUGUUCUUUGAUGUUUUGGGGAUGUUAGUAGCUGUUAGUUAUGCCACACCCAUUUUCCUGGCUGUUUUACCGCCGCUUGGUGCGUUGUACUUCUAUGUUCAGGUAGGUCUACUAAGUGUAUGCGUUACAAAUCUCACUUACACCACUUAUAUUGCGUGACAAAUGGAGUAAAGUAAGUGCCGCGAAAUUUAUAUUAGGGGCUGUUUACGUGGAGGUGGGGCACCUCAGGUAGGUGAGGUAAGCCCCUAUGGGUCACCCCACCUAUCAUGUAAACGUGGUUUAAUUAAAAUGAGAGAUUAUAUUGACAGGCGGGUCACCCCACCCAAGCGGGUUACGUCACCCACCUGGUGUCCCCUGGGGUCCCCCACUUCCAUUUAAACGGGCCCUUAGAGACGAACAGAGCUUCGUCCACGGUAGAUAAAUCGGCUAAAGGUCAUUAUCCUUGUUUGGCUGCAGAUUUGUUUUUUUAGGCUUAAUUUGUCUUUUUGUUUAAACUUGCACAAUGCAAGUGCGUGCCGGAUAAUUUUUUUGUCUAAAACUAUUCUUUUUUACCUGACCAGUCAAGUCGAGACAGAUAUCGGUUGUAAGAUUUUUUUAAUACUAGCUUUGCAUGUUUUUUCCUCAGAGAGUGUAUGUAGCGACCUCUCGACAACUGCGAAGGAUUGAAUCAGUCAACAGAUCUCCAAUCUACAGUCAUUUUCUAGAAACAAUUAACGGGGCCACCACCAUCCGGGCAUUUUCACAACAGCAGCGAUUUAUGCGGGAUAAUUAUAGAAAAGUGGAUGAAAACCAGGUGGCUUACUACUUGGGUGUGUCGGCUAACAGGUAAUAAUCAUAAUCCAUUUUAUAGUGAAUGUAGUGGCGAUGAAAUAGAACUACUCUUUACUGUCUGAUUUGUUUCAAGACAGGUUUGACUCUCAGGUGGUAAUUAGCCCAACAUCGCUUUUUAACUCGUUUUGAGGCAAUGUUGCACAACAAGUUACACUUUUUUGUUGUCCGUUUCUUGGAAGUGUGAUAAAAUGAGUCUGUUAUUUCCGCAUCUUUGCUCUUAUUAAUAACAGUUCUCGUUAUGUUAUUAAAAUUGUGAUUAGAGAGUAAGGAAGAGCUGACAGUUGUAGACCUCUUAGACUAGGUUGAUCCUAGCGUGGUUUUUUUUUUUUCGGUUUCAUAAUGAUUCCGGCUGAAACACUAUGGUAACGGAUUCCUUUUGCCGUUUACUCCAAAUGCGUGUAUCCGAAAUGAAAACGUCUGGGUUUGGUCGGAGCCUAAUGUGAACAGUUUGUAUCCAAAUGAAUAUUCUUGGAUUAAAUAACGUGUAUGAAUGGAUGCGAAUCGGUAUACCGUAAGUAUAAUAUAUCCGGAAAAAUCUGGUUUUACAGUGCGAGCGCUAAAACCGUGACAGGCCAAUAAAAUUCCUAAAUUUGAUCGUUGUUGAGGUCAGGUACGUUCAAACGGUUAUUUCAGAGGUUGCACAGUUGAACCUUGAAUAUUAUUGUCCCGUUAGCAACAAAACUUGAUAAUCUUUUGUUUUCAGAAAGCAUUGUGAUUGGACAAUCUUCUCCCAAGUGUCCCAGUUUGAGUGUCCGCACUUUAAGGUUCCUGUGCCGCUUGCUCGUUUUUCUUUGGCCCCAAAUUUUCUUUUAAUAAAUUAAUAAAUGAAGUGUUAUUUUUGUUACCCAUAGGUGGCUCUCUCUGCGUUUGGAGUUUAUUGGGAAUUGCUUGAUCUUUUUUGCUGCUUUAUUUGCUGUAAUCAGCAGGGAUAGCAUCGCAGGUGGCCUAGUUGGACUCUCUAUAUCAUAUGCGCUGCAGGUAUUCUCUAAGCCCAAGUAACGUUUCCAAUAACUAACUUCUUGGUUAAAAACCGUUAAAAACCAUGGCCAUUGCAUUUUCUAAGCCAUUCCUAUUUCAAAGGUCUUUUUCUUUUUUGUUCCUCAGUCUACUUCUGCCAAUACGUUACAUAGAAUCAGACAGUCUGUGUUUUCCCUAGAGUCUAUCGUUCAAUGGCUUUUUUUAAAUAAAAGUUCAUUUCAAAUUGAUCCAUAUUUUUUCAUGUUUAAAACAUGAAAAAAUAUGGAUCAAUCAGUUUUCCAUCCAUGUCCUUGCUUCUUGAUUUUGCCAUAUACUUUCCUUUUUUGUAAGUGAUAGCCGUUUUGUACAAUUUCUAGGUAGGGUUUAUGAUUUCACAAACAGGAAACCCACAAUAAAGGCCUUAGGUUCGUGUAUUUCAAGACUUUUUCUAUUCGCAGAUCACUAACAAAUUGAACUGGAUGAUUCGCAUGACAAGUGCACUAGAAACCAAUUUGGUGUCAGUUGAAAGAGUCAGAGAAUAUUCUGAGACACAAACAGAGGUAAUACACCAACGAGGAUAUCAGUCUUAUUUUACAUUACCUAAGUCGCUUUCCACCGAUGUGGCUUUGGUUCCGAUUCGAGUCACUCUGUUUUCACAUGUUUUGCACUUUUUCAGGCCGACAGGAUAAUUCCCGAGAGUCGGCCUUCACGUGACUGGCCUGAACAGGGCGUGGUAAAGUUUGAUAAUUUUCAGUUGAGGUACAGAGAUGGUCUUCCUUUGGUGUUAAAAGGGAUAAGUGUCAUCAUCAAGCCAGCUGAAAAGGUAUAUCAUCCAAUGCUAGAAAUACCCACUAUAUUUUCCUUUUGUUUUCGCACGACGACAUGCUGGAGCUAUUUGUUUGAUUUCAACACCAAACUCAAGAAUAAUUUUACAAAUAACCUUUAAAAAUAGCUACACUUUUUGGCUUUCUCCGUUUAGGAGUUUUAACUUUUUGUUUUUAUUUGUCAUGAAUGACUGCACAUGUCUUUGUUUUAGUCGCUUUCUCGGCUGCACUUAUGUUCUCCUACAAACACUGCCAAAGGAAAUUCAUGAGGUCUUACUAGCUAUCUAUUUCGACUUACAGAUUGGCAUUGUGGGUCGCACAGGAGCAGGCAAGUCUUCACUUACUUUGGCUUUGUUUCGUAUUCUGGAGAGAGCUGGAGGAAAGAUUGUAAUAGAUGGGAUAGAUAUCUCUACGAUUGGACUUCAGGAUCUGCGAUCACGACUCACGAUCAUUCCACAGGUAAUGAUAUAGAACCAUUAUACAAUAUUCUUAACCCUUCAUUAACUGUUACUUGCGCAUGAUAUUGACUGAGUACGAAAGCACGGCUGAUUUCAUGAAGAACUUAUCUUCUUCGUCCACCUGCAAUCACGUUCCACUCUCUUAAUUGUGUGUUAUUCACAGGAACCUGUUCUUUUUUCUGGAACACUUCGUGUGAACUUGGAUCCGUUUAAUAAACACUCAGAUGAAGAGCUGUGGAAUGCACUUGAAGUUAGUCACCUGAGAAAAUUUGUUUGCGGAUUAAAUGGAGGUUUACAACACACAAUAGCAGAAGGAGGAGAAAACCUGAGGUAUUAAAGCUACCUUUAUCUGUUUAAUUCUUUCCGAGCUUUUCAAAGAAAACCAUCACGGCUACCAAAGCCACACAAAUCACUCAAAAAUUCUCACUAUCAAAGAUGCUUCAUUAAGUAGUCUCCUAAACAGUCUCAGAAGUUUUCGUCAGAUGUGUCUUUGAUAUUUCUAAGUAUAAUAAUCAAUGAAAAGUUUAUCAUUGAUAACCCCUCAGCAGAAAUGCUAUCGGGGAGUUUCUGUUGUCAUUUGAUGAGCCACUUUGGUUGAUUUAUUCCAGCGUUGGUCAGCGGCAGUUGGUAUGUUUAGCACGUGCGUUGCUUCGUAGAAGUAAAAUCCUUGUUCUCGAUGAAGCCACAGCCGCGGUGGACCUGGAAACUGAUGAACUUAUUCAACAAACGAUUCGACGGGAAUUUGCUGACCGCACGGUGCUCACUAUUGCUCACAGGCUCAACACCAUCAUGGAUUACGAUCGGUAAGUCACUGCUUUCAGUCUGGGCCCUGCUGUGGUCCAGAUAAAAAGACUGGAGAUUUUUAAAGACAUCUUGCUUCAAAGUAGGCCAAAAAUUUCCCUUUUUGUUGGAAUCAGCUAUACGCUCUCUGGGUCUCUUUCUAUGAAGGUGCUUACGAAUAUCCCGGCAUCAAGGCGAAAGUUCACGAGAGAAGUAGCUUUAUUUGUUGGCUGUGCGAUUUCGGGGCAAGAACCUUUUCUCAUUGCAAGAAAUAGAACUAGUGAAUAUAUUUUAUGUUGAUUGCAUAGACAGACAUUCGCAAAGCCAACAAUCUCUGUGGGGAUAAGAAGAUUCAAUGCGAACUGGACAUUUUGUCUUCAAUGAUGCGCUUUUUCCACAGUUGAAUUCAUUGCUGAAAAGUAAAAAGAUCGCGAUAAGUAUUCUGACAGCAAGGAACUCGUAUUUACAGCUUGUUUUUAUAUCUUUUUCAGGGUAUUGGUGCUCGACAACGGUUUAAUUAUGGAAUUCGGCUCACCCUCUAAACUCCUCGAUCUGAAAGGUUAUUUUUACUCCAUGGCCUGUGACGCAAGAGUUAAUGUAAUGUCAAUCAAUUCAGAUAGUUGACAAGGGAUGUUUUUUUGUGGGAGGAAAAUUAAGUUUCUUCUCCAGCUAUUUAUUUGUUUAUAAACACUAAGGAAUUAAAGGAAAGGCUCCACAAACCAACGACGUGUGAGAGGUAGAAAGUAAAACGCUUCGCGCGUGCGCUUUUCACAGAACACUCUGGAAAGCCCUGAAAUGAAUUGCGGUAGAUCAGCUUCCAAAGUUGUCUAUUUAUAACCUCUUGUUAGGAAAACUAC